UCUGACUCUCAGCCACAUUCCGAAAUCAGAGUGUAAGUUGGUUCUGGAAAGGCUGGGCGACGCGUCAUGGAAGGCAAGAGCAAUGGAGCGGGGGCUUUGAGGUUUCUGAUCUUGUUCCUCUUCUUGACAAGCUCUGUCACAGCGGAAGACCCCCGGACAGAGCUGGGGGAUGAACGCGUUGUUCUGCAGACAAGCAUGGGGGACAUUGAAGUGGCGUUCUUCCCCAAGCUGGCCCCCAUUACAGCCGCUCACAUCUUAAAGCUCUUUAAACUGGGCUGCUACAACUCAAAUCACUUCUUCAGAGUUGACAAGGGCUUUGUGGCGCAAAUAGCAGAUGUAGUGGGGGGCAGACAGGUGCAGCUAGACGCUCGGCAAUUGGAGGAGGGGGACAAAGCAAUCCCGGGAGAGACCACAGAUGUGCCACACGUCAGGGGCAUACUUUCCAUGGCCAGGCAUGACGACCCCAACAGUGGCAAGUCGAGUUUCUCCAUUCUGCUGGGCAAUGCCCCCCACCUUGAUGGAAAUUACGCAAUCUUUGGGAGGGUAAUACGUGGAGACGAAGUCCUGGCCCGGAUGGAGCUCGUCGAGACCACGACGGAGGGCAUCUUCGUCAUGCCGAAGGAGCGGAUAACAAUACUAAGCACGUACGUGUACAGUGUGAACGGAGAGGGCGACGAAGUCAGCUCGGAAGGACGGUUACGAAAGCUAGAGGAUCUCGCCAGCGAAACGGUAUCGUUUCUAGAAAGGUUCGUAAGCAGGGGUGGCUCCUGAGAAAGAGAGCAGGAAGCAGAGCUUCGAGAGCGAGUAGGGCUGCGGUUCUGAGUUUCCUUGAGAAUUUAUGGUCCGGCCGCAACUCGGUCGAACCCAAACAAAGAGCCAGAUCUGGCUGAAUUCCAAAGGUGUGCACUUGUUCAUUAUCCUGCCCGCACUGCAGGGGUUGCUCGUAGUCCCUUAUGAAAGACUGAUGUUGAACUUUGACUGCUGCAGUCCGCGCCAACAAGUGCGUUGGGCCCUCUUCUGCAUGUUGUGCUGGUCGCUUUUUGCUGCUUUGCUGCAUACAAACUGUCGACACGCAGAAGAUAAGGCGAGAAUUGGUAGGGCAAAUCCUGGUGAGAUCAGCCGUUAUAUGUACUGUCGAAUCCGCAUAUGGCUAUAAAGCCCGAGUAUGAUAAAGUUUUGUCGAAAAGCGCGCUUUAACGGGCUUCACUGAAUCAACG